AUGCCCCUCUUGAAACAAGGGGAAGGCUUCCGAGCGAGUGACCUGCCGGCCGGUCGCGCGGGCCGGACGCCGUUGCGAUCUGACGGGGAGAGCGUUCUGGCCGCCCGCGCCCGUGCUGCCGCGGGGUCCCGGCAGGCCCCGCGGCGGGCUCAUUUUCGGCGCGGGCCCUUUUUCACGGUGGCGGCCGGCGCGCCGGCCACAGAAGCGAUUCUAAAAAGUUUAAAAAAAAAGCGGGCUGUGUCGCCCGGGCUGGUGCCCGCUACGGGGCGAAGCCGCGGGCGAACGGCGCGCAGGGCACGACGCAGCCCGGCGCUUCCAAUUGGCGAUGGGGAAAUGAAUAGAAGGCAGCGCCGUGUGGCGGGGGAGGCCAACCGAGCGCGGACGUGUGAACGCUUGCCGUCCUCGGCGAGCGAGCGCGCAUGGCGGUGCGUGCUCCGCUUGGCAGCUAUUACUGGGGGAGAAAUCAGCAACAAAUUCGCUUUGGCUGUCAUGCAUUCUUGA